AUGAAUGAAUCCGAUUAUAAGUAAUAACAAAUAAAUUAACAUUUCUAGUGAUGAAGAUCAUUAAUUGAUAAGAGAGAUCGCUAAAGAGAAGAACAUUUAUUUCGAGUCUUAUGAAUAUUAAGAUUAAAUAAGAGAAUUCAAUUAAAGAAAUCCUACCUAUGGAGUGACAGUGGAUUUUAGAUUUUUGAAAACAAUUUAAUAAUGUGACUUUUUGGAAAACUCUUAAUUGCAAUUUUUCAUAAAUGUAUUCAGAAAAGCAUAUUCAGAAGUCAAAGUAAAAUGUUUAUUUUUAAAAUAGUUAGCUGCUGCCACAUGUCACUUUUUUGCUGACUUUAUAGUAUCAUUGUAGAUACCUCCAUCAUAAUAAUAAUAAAAUCAGACUAAUUAAACUGAUAAUUAAAGCCAAAAAGUUUAAUAACAAAAUAAGAAUCAAUCUCACAAUAAAAUAAGAGAUGAUCUUAUAGAUUCCAAUGUCAUGAAGAAAAAUAUCUUUAGUGAAUAGUCAAACAUAAACGAUUUUCAAAGCAAAUCCAAUACUUCAAUCAUUACCGAAAAUUCAAGGCUACCCAAUGAUUCCAUCAUAUCUGUAUAAUAACAGCCCGCCGACUCUGCUGAUAAGUUCAAAAAUUAAUAUGCUCAAUCUCAAAUCAUAUCAAAAACUACAUAUGAUGAUAAAGUGAAUUAACCUUAUUAAUCAGUUAUUUAAAAAAAUAACAUAGCAAAUAACUAAUCUCAAUCAUAAUUAUUGUAGAGAGGUAGAGAUGUAUAAGUUUCUAAACAAUCAUAAGUUAUUUAAGCAGAAAAUCAAUAAUCAUAAAUAAACAUAGGUAAUUAAAAAAAUCAAUCGGAUUCAAAUAUUAGUGAUGCUAAAUCUAUUCCAGUCUAAGCUCCACUCAAUGUAUAAUAAAAUUCAUCUAAUUUGAAUGAUUAAAUAUUAAUUGCAGAUGAAUCAUAAAUAUUAUCGAAUUAAUUUAUAAACUCAAACGUCGGCUCAUUAAAUGUAAAUAAGUAAUAAACAAAUUAAGAAUAGUUUAAAAAUACCUAAUCAAUAAUAAUAAAUCCUCAGAACAACUAAUAGGCACCUUUUGCAUAGGCUUAGGUUGAGUAAUAAUAAGUAUAACCUCCCCCUGAAAAAAAAUACCAUUUUCAGAUUACAAAUAUGACUAUACAAAAACCAGCUUAAUAAGAAAAUAUUAAUAAAUCAUAUCUUCCUUAAUUAAUAAAAUAAUUGGCUGAAGUGAAUUGCUUAACAGAAGAGCAAUUAAAGGAGUAAGAUUAUUGGUACUUUCCCAUAAAUUAGCUCUAAUCACAUUGGAUUAGUGUAGUGAUUGAUUUUAGAAAAAAGGAGAUAUGGUACUUUGAUUCUUACUAUAAAAAAACAGACCCUGUUAUCAUGCAAGGGAUAAAUUCUAUAUUAGAAUACUUUAAAAUAAAUCCAUCAAGUUUUUAGACAAAACCAGUGUAUAUUUAAUAAAUCAAUGGGUAUUAUUUAAUUCUAAUUUAGAUAUGACUGCGGAGUUUUCAUAUUGCUUUCCCUUUUAUAUACUUUAUAAUAGAAAACAUAUAAUUACAAUUAAAGUAUUGCAACCAAAUUUAGAAAGAGAGUUCUCUAUAAUUUGGCUGUUAUAGGGGCUUAAUCGGAUAUUAGCUCAGAUAUUCUGGAAAUUAUAAUCGAGCAAAGUUGAGCUUUAAUAAAUUUAUAUAUAAUUAUUUCAUUAUUUU